CAAUUUCAAAAGUAACUUUCUGUCACCCCAAAUUUGAGCAAAAUCAUUACUUAGCCGAAAAUGUCCGAGGCCGCUGUGUGUUUUUCUAAGCAUAAGAUCGUGCCGGAUAUCUUGAAAACGUGUCCCACCAAUUUGCUUAAGGUAACAUACAGCGGUGGCCAGGUGGUGGAUAUGGGCGAGGAAUUGACUCCCACCCAGGUGCAGAAUCCUCCAAAAGUAGAAUGGGAUGCGGAUCCAAACGCCCUGUACACAUUAAUCCUUACCGAUCCAGACGCACCUAGUCGCAAGGAUCCUAAGUACCGAGAGUGGCAUCACUGGCUGGUAGUCAAUAUUCCAGGCAAUCAAGUGGAGAGCGGCAUGGUUUUGACCGCCUAUGUGGGUUCAGGACCACCGCAGGGCACUGGCCUCCAUCGCUACGUAUUCUUGGUCUACAAGCAGCCCCAAAAGCUCACGUGCAGCGAGCCCAAAAUCCCGAAGACGAGCGGUGACAAGCGAGCCAAUUUCAGCACCAUCAAGUUCAUGAGCAAGUAUAAGCUGGGAGAUCCAAUCGCUGGUAACUUUUUCCAGGCACAGUGGGACGAAUACGUUCCCAAGCUAUACAAGCAGCUCUCUGGGAAAAAAUAGGUUGCAUGGGGUGUUUCAGAAUUCGGUUUCGAGUUUCAAAAAUAAUUUGUUUCGAUAACUACGAUCAUUGUUAACUGAUUAAAAUCAUAAUAUAUGUGGAAACCUUGCUCUUAAAA